GUCAUGUGUAAGAGAAUUUUGCCUUAUCUGUUUGUUAUCUACUACCCCCGGCGGAGUUGGGUCUCCAUUCUCCAGCAAACAUCUCCUCCUCUCCAAACCCCUCAAUGGCGGCUGCUACUACCUCCUUCGCAACCCUCGCCAUCGCGCGACCGGCGACGGCGGCGGCGGCGGCGGCGGCAUCCGGGCAGCGGGCCCUCCUCGCCUCCAAGCCCUCCUCGCCGAUUCUAUCCUUCCGCGGUGCUCGCCUCCCCUCACAGGCCGUCACCUUCUCCGGGGGCCUCGCGCCUUCGCCCUCCCACAGCCGCGCGCGCUUCGUCACAUCCGCCAGCGCCGAACCCAAGGAAGCAGAAAUUCAGUCCAAAAUCACAAACAAGGUGUACUUUGACAUAAGCAUCGGGAAUCCUGUGGGGAAGAAUGUUGGGAGGAUUGUCAUUGGCUUGUAUGGGGAUGAUGUUCCCCAAACAGCAGAGAACUUCCGUGCUCUUUGCACUGGAGAGAAAGGGUUUGGAUACAAGGGAUCCAGUUUCCACCGUGUCAUCAGGGACUUCAUGAUUCAGGGUGGAGAUUUCGACAAGGGCAAUGGUACUGGUGGGAAAAGCAUAUAUGGACGAACCUUCAAAGAUGAGAACUUCAAAUUGGUUCACACUGGACCUGGAGCGGUCAGUAUGGCUAAUGCUGGACCAAACACCAAUGGCAGCCAGUUUUUCAUCUGCACUGUCAAGACACCUUGGUUGGACGGGAGGCACGUCGUGUUUGGCCAGGUCCUGGAAGGCAUGGACGUCGUGAAGCUGAUCGAGUCGCAGGAGACUGACAGAGGGGACCGUCCGAAGAAGAAAGUAGUCAUCAGUGAGUGCGGGGAGCUUCCGGUGGUCUAAGUUUUACAUAUCUUACCUCGGACGAGAAGUUGAUAUCCCCCCACUUGAGUUGACAUGAGAAUGUCAUGAUACUGUGAACUUAUCGUGCUGUCUCCCACUAGUUAUAGAGAUUAUUUUGAGUUAAAGCCAAGGCCACAAAUCUGAGGCAUACUGUUGCUUCUCGGCUGGAAUAAAUGUGCUAGUUUUCCUUGCCCUGUCGUGGGGAAGCUUUUGUUCACGAUUGUUACCUUCUAGCCUUGUAUGUUUCACGCUUUAAUUGAAGGUUCAUUGUACGCCAAUA